AUGCCAGCCCAGCAGUCCUCCUCCUCAUCGUCUCUGGCGACGCUCUCCUCUUCCUCCUCCUCGCUCGUAAAGGCGAAGAAACGCAGAUGGACCCGUGAACAGCUUCUCAAAAGUCUCGAGAUACUUGGUACUCUGUCAGCACCACUACCGCCAGAACUACCCCCGUCUCCUCCUUCGUCCCGGUCAAACUCCCCCGCCCCACACGCUUCCAAACGCAAGUUGGACUCUGCACAGGAUCCCACUCAGAGCAAACGUGCGCGGGUCACAACUCUCCCUGACAAGCCUCCUCAAUUCCACCAUCACCAUCAUUAUCACCAUCAACCGCCUCAACGUAUCCGGUCUCCCAAUCCAGUUCCCAAUUAUAACUUGCGCUCUGAGCCAUCAGAGGACGGUGAACUACGAGAGGAGACGACAGCUACUACAACUUCUUCGUCCCGUGGGACAGUAUCAGUAUCUACCGUCCUCUCGACACUUGUACCUAUACGUCGACCAAGACGUGGUCGACCACCAAACAGCGUAUUCGAUGAAAUCCAUGAUAAGUACCACCAGUACGGUCGUAUGCUUAAGUAUUCUGGCGACGCUCGAUUCUGGUCCACCUAUCCUGCAACUCAUAAGGAGUACCGCCCACUAGCAAAUCCGCCUCCUCCUAAUUCUCCUUAUCAUAAGUACGGCGGUCUGAUUGCCAGACUUGAGCUGGCAGAUGCACUUGUAUGCUUUACCUACUCUAUCUGGAGUAGAGAUUAUAGCCGCAGGUCGUGUUUCAGGGAGACAUGGGCUACCAUUGAGGCCUUUUUGGGUUGGUGCAAACAUAAGUGGAUGGCUGAGGACACUAUUGGUGAUCGCGAAAAGGCGCUUCUGGGAUUAAUCUGGAUGAUCGAAGGUUUUAUUCAUGGGCGCAAGUUCCAAUACGCUGCGAAAUUGACCAUAGAUCCUGAAAUGGAUCGUGUAUGGUCCAAAAUGAGAGCCGAAAUGGCUACGCUUGCUAAAGAAGUAGAGAUAAGCCCUUCUACAGUAACGCCAGGUCAGCUUCCGCUCGGUUCCCAGCCGACUCCUCCGAUGCUGCCGUCACCUGCAAGCAUCGCUCCAUCAAAUAGUGCAAACUCGACUCCCAUUAACAAUCGAGCAAGUGGCACACCCAGCACGGCAAGCAAUACUGGCAAUCCUAGUGUUCCCCCUCGUCCGGUAUACACUGGUCCGCUGGCUCUUCCCGCCCACUUGUUGCCUCAACUUCCCAACUGUGCUGACGGAAGCCCUCCAACUCCUGAAAUGGUAGCGGCUGCAGCCAAAGCAACUACCACUUUUGGACCAGUCUUUACCUUUGGAUUAAAGGAGCAGUCGGGUGGUAUUGUUGCUGCUGCGUAUUGUAUGGAGCAAUGCCAGCGCGUCCUUAACUUGCCCACAAUGGCCAGGCACUAUCCUGCUACAUUCGCGCGCAUGAUGGGAACAAGCCUUGCCGCUCAUGAAGAACACGAACCCGAUAUCGAGGACGAAGAGGGCGAGUUAUUUUGGCCAGGCCAGUGCAUUACAGGUGAAGGAAUUGGAUGGGUAUGCCUGAUGGGAAAAGCUAUGAUCAAGGAAUUUGGUCGAGACAUUGGUUACAGAGGUCUUGAAGGCGUCGUGCCGAAGCCGAAGCCCGAAGAACAAGGUGCCGAGGCUGAGGAUAAACCCGCAGAAUCUGCUGCUGGGACUCCUGCAAUUACUGUACCUCAAGUCCCAGGACCGAUACCUGCCCCUGCUCUUGUUCAACGGUAG